AAGAGAAAGACAAUUCUCUCUCUCAAGAGAAACAAAAAGAAAAGAAAAGGAAAAAAAAAAAAAAAAAAAAAAAGCAAAACAAUUUUACUGAUUUUGAUUUUCGGAUCUGUGAAGGGUUUUUGCUCACCGGACCUCACCUCGACCCAAAACUCUAAACCAAAGAAGAUCGGAGUGAAAAGUGAAAGAGUGGUUCUUCGGUUGAGUUAAGCAGGUCAUACACGGAUCUUCAGCCCUUCUAUGAUGAUAUAGGUAACAAAAUAAAAUCAUGGCCUCCAAAGGUCCAAGGUGUAAGCUUGAUCACGAGUCAAGAGCUAAGCGUCAAAAGGCACUUGAAGCUCCCAAAGAACCUCGACGCCCUAAAACCCAUUGGGAUCAUGUUUUAGAAGAGAUGGUUUGGCUGUCCAAGGACUUCGAAUCUGAGAGGAAAUGGAAAUUGGCACAAGCAAGGAAGGUCGCUUUAAGAGCGAGCAAGGGCAUGUUAGAUCAGGCUACAAAGGGAGAAAAGAAAAUGAGGGAAGAGGAGCAGCGGUUGAGAAAAGUUGCACUUAAUAUUUCAAAGGAUGUGAAGAAAUUCUGGAUGAAAAUAGAAAAGCUGGUGCUUUACAAGCAUCAGAUGGAGCUUGAUGAGAAAAAGAAAAAGGCACUUGAUAAGCAACUUGAGUUUCUUUUGGGGCAAACUGAGAGGUACUCAACAAUGCUAGCAGAAAAUCUUGUGGAUACUCAUAAACCAGUGCAAAACCCUGCUACACCAGAUCGAAUGACUAUUAAAUGCAAAGAAGUGGAUGAAAUUGAUGUUGAUGAGUCACCAGAAUUUAAUUUUGAAUCUCAGUCGAAUAUUGCGGAUAUGGAUGAUGAUUAUGAUAUACGAUCUGAAGAUGAGUCAGAAGAUGAUGAACACACACUUGAGGAAGAUGAGGCCCUUAUAACUGAAGAAGAAAGGCAAGAAGAAUUGACAGCUUUGCAAAAUGAAGUAGAUCUUCCACUAGAGGAGCUGCUCAGACGUUAUACCAAGGAGGAAGUUAGCAGAGAAAGCAGUCCAGAAAAGGGUGAAGAUGGGGCUGAACCACCUAGCAGAGAAAGUACUCCAGAAACGGAUGAAGAUGGGGUUGAACCAUCCAUUGUGGGGGAUGAUCAUGGCAAGGGCAAAGUAAAUGAUCUUUCAACUGUCAAUGAGAUUGACACAAGCUAUUCAGUAACUUCAGUUGUAGCCACUGGUCGUCGCUGUGGUGGAAGUAAUGGUGACGUAUCUGUUUUGGAAAACCAUGUAUUAGAUAUUGAGAUGUGUCAAGCUAGUGAUCUGUCAAAAGAUGCUGGGAAGUCUUCAAAAGAUGCUGGGAAGUCUGCCAAAGAUCAUAUGCUAUAUGAUUUUAGUGAUGAACAGGAAGAUGGUGACUUUGUUCUUGCUGCUGGCGAAGAGAAGGAUGAUGAGGCAACCUUGUCAGAGGAGGAGGAACUGGCAAAAGAAGAUUCAAUCCACCCCAUGGAUGAGAUUGCAUUACUGCAGAAGGAGAGUGAAAUACCUGUAGAAGAAUUGCUUGCAAGGUAUAAAAAGGGCUUCAAUGACGAUGAAGUUACAGACGAUGAAUCCGACUAUGCGUCUGCUUUAUCAGACAAUCUCAUGGAUUCUCCAGCCCAUGAAGGCAUUCAGCUUACACAGCAAGCUACUUCUAUGGACAAAGAUGUUGAAACUGGUGAAUGCCAGUCAGUUGCAUAUUCUCUGGCAGAAGUACAGCAAGCAGGAUCCCAUGAAAAAACAGAGGAGGAGAGGGAAAGUGAGAAUAGAAUUGCUGAUGCAGCAGCGGCUGCAAGAUCAGCACAGCCAACGGGAAACACCUUCUCCACAACCAAUGUGCGUACUAAGUUCCCAUUUCUUGUGAAGCAUCCUCUUCGUGAGUAUCAACAUAUCGGCUUGGAUUGGCUUGUUACAAUGUAUGAGAAAAGACUCAAUGGGAUUCUAGCUGACGAAAUGGGGCUUGGAAAGACGAUUAUGACAAUCGCUCUGCUUGCACACCUGGCGUGUGAAAAGGGAAUAUGGGGUCCUCAUCUCAUUGUUGUCCCCACAAGUGUCAUGCUUAAUUGGGAGACUGAGUUUCUGAAAUGGUGUCCUGCUUUUAAAAUUUUAACAUAUUUUGGAAGUGCAAAAGAGCGCAAAUAUAAGAGGCAGGGCUGGUUGAAACCUAACUCGUUUCAUGUGUGCAUAACAACUUACAGAUUGGUUAUUCAAGAUUCAAAAGUUUUCAAGCGCAAGAAGUGGAAAUACUUGAUUUUGGAUGAAGCUCAUCUGAUUAAAAAUUGGAAGUCACAAAGAUGGCAGACUCUUUUGAACUUCAAUUCAAAACGGCGUAUAUUAUUAACUGGGACACCGUUGCAGAAUGAUCUCAUGGAACUUUGGUCUCUAAUGCAUUUUUUGAUGCCCCAUAUCUUUCAAUCUCAUCAGGAGUUCAAGGACUGGUUCAGUAAUCCAAUAUCAGGAAUGGUUGAGGGACAAGAGAAAGUAAAUAAAGAAGUUGUGGAUCGUCUUCAUAAUGUUCUCCGUCCAUUCAUACUCCGUCGCUUGAAGCGAGAUGUGGAGAAGCAGCUCCCUAUGAAACACGAACAUGUCAUUUACUGUAGACUGUCAAAGAGGCAGCGUAACUUGUAUGAAGACUUCAUUGCGAGCUCGGAAACACAAGCUACUCUUGCAAGUGCCAACUUUUUUGGGAUGAUUAGUGUUAUCAUGCAACUUCGCAAAGUUUGCAAUCAUCCAGACUUAUUUGAGGGUCGUCCAAUUGUUAGUUCAUUUGAUAUGAGUGGUCUUGACAUCCAAUUGAGUACCUCUGUUUGUUCAAUGCCUUCUCCAUGCCCAUUUUAUAAUGUAGACCUUAAGGGUUUGGGAUUUUUAUUUACUCAUCUUGACUUUAACUUGAAUUCUUGGGAGAGUGAUGAAGUGAAAGCCAUUGCUACCCCCUCAAGUUUAAUCAAGGAGUGCACUGACUUGUGUAACCUAGAAGAAAUCGGACCUGGAUAUAGACAUCGAAAAAGGUUGCAUGGAACUAAUAUUUUUGAAGACAUCCGUAAGGCAAUCAUAGAGGAGAGACUAAGAGAAGCAAAGGAACGGGCGUCAGCUAUUGCAUGGUGGAAUUCCUUGAGGUGUGAGAAAAAACCCAUGUUCUCUACAACACUAAGGGAAAUUUUGACAGUGAAGCAUCCUGUUUAUGAUAUUCAUCUUCAGAAGGCCAACCCUUUGUCCUACAUGUACUCCUCGAAGCUUGCUGACAUUGUCCUCUCACCAGUGGAGCGAUUCCAGAGAAUGUUGGACCUUGUUGAAAGUUUCAUGUUUGCAAUACCUGCUGCACGGGCCCCACCACCUGUUUGCUGGUGCAGUAAAUCUGUGACUUCUGUGUUUCUGCACCCAACUUAUAAGCAGAAAUGUUCUGAAAUGUUGUCACCCCUUCUAUCACCUAUCAGACCUGCAAUUGUCCGGAGGCAAGUAUAUUUCCCAGACAGGCGACUUAUACAGUUCGACUGUGGGAAAUUGCAGGAGCUUGCAAUAUUGCUCAGGAAAUUAAAAUCAGAAGGUCAUCGAGCGUUAAUAUUCACCCAGAUGACAAAGAUGCUUGAUCUCUUGGAGGCUUUCAUUAAUUUGUAUGGUUAUACUUACAUGCGUUUAGAUGGAUCAACUCAGCCAGAGGAAAGGCAGACCUUAAUGCAACGCUUUAACACAAAUCCAAAGUUUUUUCUCUUCAUCUUGUCAACUCGGAGUGGGGGUGUUGGUAUCAACCUAGUUGGGGCAGAUACAGUUAUCUUUUAUGAUAGUGACUGGAAUCCUGCUAUGGAUCAGCAAGCUCAGGAUCGAUGCCACCGGAUAGGACAGACACGUGAAGUUCAUAUUUAUCGGCUAAUCAGUGAGAGCACCAUUGAAGAGAAUAUUUUAAAGAAAGCUAAUCAGAAGCGUGCCCUUGAUGAUCUAGUUAUACAGAGUGGAGGCUACAACACAGAAUUCUUCAAAAAGCUUGAUCCCAUGGAACUGUUCUCAGGUCAUAGAGCACUUCCAAUCAAGAAUUUGCAGAAGGAAAAGAUUAACAACAAUGGAAAUGAGGUUUCUGUGUCGAAUGCAGAUGUGGAGGCUGCUUUGAAAUUUGCAGAAGAUGAAGCAGACUACAUGGCAUUAAAGAAACUUGAACAGGAAGAAGCUGUGGAGAACCAAGAGUUUACAGAAGAAGCCAUUGGGAGGAUGGAAGAGGAUGAGUAUGUAAAUGAGGACGAUCUGAAGGUUGAUGAGCCUGUAGAUCAGGGUGGCUGGAUCACAACUGCAAAUAAAGAAACUCGGGUGAUUUUGGCUGGGAAUAAUCCUAAUGAAGAGAGAGCUCCAGCUAUUGCCAGCAAAGAAGAUGAUGUUGACAUGCUGGCUGAUGUCAAACAAAUGGCUGCAGCAGCAGCUGCUGCUGGACAAGAAAUCUCAUCCUUUGAGAAUCAGCUACGUCCAAUAGAUCGAUAUGCAAUUCGUUUUCUGGAAUUGUGGGAUCCCAUUAUAGACAAGGCAGCAGUGGAAUCUCAAGCUAGGUUUGAGGAGACAGAAUGGGAACUGGACCGCAUCGAGAGGUAUAAGGAGGAAAUGGAAGCUGAGAUUGACGAAGAUGAGGAACCCCUUGUAUAUGAGAGAUGGGAUGCAGAUUUUGCAACUGAGGCAUAUCGGCAGCAAGUUGAGGCCUUAGCUCAACACCAGUUGAUGGAGGAGCUGGAAUGUGAAGCUAAGGAGAAGGAGGAUGCAGAAGAUGACAAAUGUGAUUCAAUGAACAGGAAUGAAAAGCAAAGUGAUCCGAAACCCAAGUCUAAAAAGAAGCCAAAGAAAGCCAAGUACAAAUCUCUGAAGAAAGGAUCUUUAGCUUCUGAAUUGAAACCUGCAAAAGAAGAGCUAGCAACAGACCGAAUGUCAAUAGAUGAUGAGAAUAUUUCUCAUGAGGUGGUCACCUCAUCCGAAAAUUUUUCAAGUGUGCAGAAAAAACGUAAGAAGGCUGAAACUACACUGGAUUAUGAACAAGGAAAAACCUCGAAAAAGAAGUCUAAGAAACUCAAGAAGACUCCCCCUGAAAUAUGUCCAUUAGAUUUAGAUUCCAACCUGUCAGGCAUGCAGCAUGAUGAACCUAUGGAUCCAAAACCAUGUGAAAGUGUGGUUGAUGUCGAGCAAAAAUCAACAAGCCGGAGCAGGAUGGGAGGGAAAGUAUCCAUUACUACCAUGCCUGUAAAGAGGGUUUUAAUGAUAAAACCAGAGAAAUUAAAGAAGGCAAACAUUUGGUCAAGAGAUUGUGUUCCAUCUCCUGAUUCUUGGUUGCCGCAGGAAGACGCAAUAUUAUGUGCUAUGGUUCAUGAAUAUGGCCCUCAGUGGAGCUUGGUUAGUGAAACUCUGUAUGGGAUGACUGCUGGUGGAUUUUAUCGGGGAAGAUAUCGCCAUCCUGUCCAUUGUUGUGAGAGAUUUAGAGAACUCAUCCAGAGAUAUGUCUUGGCUGCACCUGACAAUCCUAGUAAUGAAAAGGUCAGCAAUGCAGGCUCUGGAAAGGCUCUUCUCAAAGUAACAGAGGAUAACAUACGCUUGCUUUUAGAUGUUGCUGCUGAGCAGCCAGACAGAGAGUUACUCCUUCAGAAGCACUUUACUGCCCUCCUUUCUUCUGUCUGGAAGGUGAAGUCACGUGUUGACCUUACUCCAAGUCGUUCAUCAUCCCAAAAUGGUCUCUAUAGGUCUCUUACUUGGAAAUCCAUGCAAGAACCUCCAGAAAAGCUGAAAUUUACUAAUUUAGGAGAGAGUAGCAGGAUGUUAAAACGUGCACUCUUAGAUGUCUCUCUAUCGGAAGACACAGUCUCCCCCUCCAAUUUAGGGCGUGAAACGUCAUCAGUUACUGAACAAUUGGUGAUAAAUCUAGAAUUCCCGAAAGAACUGGAAGACUCCAUGGUUCCUUUGCCCUCUUCUAUAAGUUUAUCAAUAUCUGGGGCAGACCCUCCACCAUCUGUAAGCAAGGCUAGUGGAGAAGAUCAUCAUUUUAAAGCUUCCCAAAAUGUGGCUGAGAACCGUUUCAGGGCUGCUGCAAGAGCUUGUGUUGAAGAUAGUGUGGGAUGGGUAUCCUCUGUAUUCCCAACCAAUGAUGUUAGGAAUAGAUCAGUAUCCAAGUUACCAUCUUUGGGAAAGCACAAACUCUCCAUCUCUGACUCAAUGAAGCCUUCUAAAUCAAGGUUCAAAAGAAGUUCAAUGGAGCAUACCGAGAUGCCCCACCUUAUUGCUGAGCCAGUAUUGGAACCAUUACCAGCAGCUGCACCGAAGGAUCCUGAUUUAAGCUUUGACCUGACUCAACCUAUCAUACCGGAUGUUGGAAUUGAUGUUGUGGGAAGUAAUUUAACUGAUGGCACAGAUAUGGAGCAUUCUAUGGAAAUGGAGAGUUAUGAAGAAGUCCCACAUUGCUAUGUUCCUGACUUAAUAUCUGGCCUCGAUGAUUGUCCAUUGUUGCCUGAAUUCACUGACAUUGGGUAGGAUUGUUCCAGGAGCCUGAACCACAAGAAAUCUCAGGUUUGAACCUCAUAAACUCUUGGAGACCAAGGAUCUCAUGGUGAAGAAGUCCUUGUCGGUGAAUUACCGACCAUCAAUUCUGGGCCAUUAUUACUGUGCUGUCGGGGCUUGUGGUACACUGGUAGCACUAUUCUUUUCUAUCAAGAGCGAUUUGGUUUGUCUGCCUUGUCUACACACUGGGAAGUAAUGUUUUUGCAAGGUGGAUCUAAGCAGCAGCCUGUAGGGAGGAUUUUAGAUAGGGAAUACAUAAUGUAACAUAAAAGUUUUGUAGCUAAAUGUUUAUUUCUUAUUGGGGUAUUUGUGCAAGUCUUUUGGGGCUUCAAUUGAAAUGUCUGCGGGCACACUUCCUCACAAAUAUAGUCAUUAACAAAAAUGGAACGUAACGUAGCUCAUUUUCUUGC